UAUGAUGCAUCAUUGACAGCCCCCCGUUCCCCAUUGACGGAAUACUAGGGCUGUAAAUAGACAGGUUAUCAAUUAUUAUCUGUCAUCUAUCUAGCCAAGGUCAGGAGCGAGACCACAGUAUCCGAGGCAACCUUUUGAACCAGGAGCGGUGCAAGGCAUUUCUCGCUGAAUCGCCGGUGUUGCCCAAGUCAAAAGCCCCCUGAGGCCGGGGGAGUCGUGCAUUUUCACUCCACCAGAGCUGCACCCACUACACGCUUUCUUCGGGAUCGCUCCGUGUGAAACGCGAGCAGAAAAAAAGAAAGUGAAAUGGAACUGAGUGUCUGUGAGAAACGUUGACAGUAUUUCCACUUGCGGUUUGUCCACAUCAGACGCCACAAUGAUGAAUCCAAGAGACCCCAAGCCCAAGAAGAAACCGCCGAAAGACAGCUUGACUCUGUUGCCAUGCUUCUAUUUUGUAGAGCUGCCCAUUGUGGCUUCUUCUAUGGUGUCGCUCUACUUCCUGGAGCUAACGGACCUGCUCCAGCCUGCCCAGGUAGGCUUUCGUUGCCAUGACCGCAUGCUGAGCAUGCCCUACGUUGACGGUGGAGAUGAGCUCAUCCCUCUACUCAUGCUGCUCAGCCUGGCCUUCGCUGGCCCGGCCGCUUCGAUCAUGAUGGGGGAGGGCCUGGUCUACUUCAUGCAGUCACGCCUUAAGAUCCGCCCCGGGGUGGAGGGCAGCAUCAACGCCGGCGGGUGCAACUUCAACUCCUUCCUUCGGCGAACGGUGCGCUUCGUAGGUGUCCACGUGUUUGGGUUGUGUGCCACGGCUCUAAUGACUGAUGUGAUUCAGUUGGCCACAGGUUAUCACACUCCCUUCUUCUUGACUGUGUGCAAGCCCAACUACACACAGCCAGGGGUGGCCUGUGAUAAAAACCCCUACAUCACCAAGGACAUCUGCUCCGGUCACGACCAGCACGCCAUCGUCUCUGCCAGGAAAACCUUUCCCUCACAGCACGCAACCCUGUCUGCCUUUGCUGCUGUGUACAUAUCAAUGUACUUCAACUCAACCAUCUCAGACAGCACCAAGUUGCUGAAGCCAGUGUUGGUGUUUGCGUUUGCCAUCGUGGCGGCGCUAACCGGCCUCACCCAGAUCACCCAGUACCGCAGCCACCCCAUUGACGUCUACGUGGGCUUCAUCAUAGGGGCCGGCAUCGCUGCUUACCUGGCUUUCCAUGCCGUUGGCAACUUCAGGUCCUCCGACGACAUCAUCAUCAAGACAGCUCCGCCCCCCCAGAAGGAGGACGCCCUGCGAGCGCUGACCCAACGGGGCCACGACUCGGUCUACAACAAAGGUGUCGCCUCAGCAUCGGAGAGCGCCGACGAGAUCGCCGCGCCGCCCUCCCUGGACCGGCUGGAGGGCAUGGGGCGGCCGCUACAGCGCGAGAAAGCCUCUAUCGGAAGCUUGAAAAGGGCCAGUGUGGACGUGGAGCUCCUGGCGCCCCGCAGCCCCAUGGGCCAGCAGACCAUGGUGACCUUCAGCAACACGCUGCCCAGAUCUAGCAUGAACGCUAACGGGGGCCUGGGCGUUAACGGGGGCCCAGAGGAGUCCAUGAUGCCUACUCAACCCGUACAAAGGAGGCUCAAGGCUGUGCAAGUGCCCAUGGACCCCAUGCGCUCACAGCAGUUGGUGACGGAGUGGAAGCAGAAGUCCAUGGAGAUGCGAGGUCUGAGCCUUAGGGAUGAAGCCGAGCGAGAUGCCAGUGAGGAGGGCUCCGAAGGUGGGGAGGAAGGGUCCGAGGACGGGGGGCCACAGGCCUCGCUCUAUCCAUCUAUGGUGCAGUCCAACAGGGGAGUUUCUGCCGGUCCAAUCCCCGUCAGUGUGGGGCCUCCAGGUAGUGCCAGGGUGGUGGCAACUCCUAGACCCCCCCACAUCCCCGAGGCGGGUCCCCCGCCAGUGUCGCCCAAAAGCGCACUAACCCGCGCCAAGUGGCUGUCCAUCACAGAGAAGAGCGGUGGUGGCGGGUCGAUUCGCGGGGCACCCAACCAGCCGCGCAUCAUGCAGGUGAUCGCCAUGUCCAAGCAGCAGGGUCUCCUCCCUUCCUCCUCCUCAGGUGGCACGCCCAAGUCCUCCGAGACCACCUCCACCUCCUCCUGCACCUCCUCUACGGCCAGUGCCGAUUCGCCCCACUACCGCCCGCCCUCAGAGGCCCAGCGUGAUUCGGCCAUCAUCACCGUAGACGCCCAUGCCCCCCACCACCCGGUGGUGCACGGUGGCCCGCCCCCCUGCUCGGGCAAUGGGAACCCCUGGGAGUGGAGGGGCGCGUCCAACGGCAGCGACCCUCGAGACUCCUACGAGCUCAACGACCUGAACCGCGGCGACAGCGUUGGUGCUCGCGGCAGCACUGGCAGCUUCCGGCCACACCAGACCAUCUCGCCAUGCUCCUCCACCGGCGACGGAGACCCAGAGAUGCUUCCCCCUCUGCCCCUCCCCCACGCGGAGGUCCCCCACGACGGGAGAAGCCGGGAGUCCACUUUACGACGCAAGACUGCGCUAGUCCUCCUGGAGAGGGACAUUCAAUUUCAAAACAAGAGUGAGCAGGAGAACUACUAUAAAAAAAUACAGGGUGGCCGGAGGUAUAAGGAUUAGUCACUAACUAACAGAUAAGCCUUACAGUCAAACCACAAAACAGCACAAAACCUGGACUGACAAGCUGGGGUCUGCUAUUACGCAUCUCUCGGACUUUGUGUGUUAUCAAAGGAGCUGUGCAAAACUGUUGUAGGCUACUAUGAUGUAUGCUAGAUGGAGGGAAACAUCUCGAGUUGAUGUGGGACCCUGAGGUAUUUUCAGGAGCACAUAGACAUUUUUCAAAGGUUCAAAUCAGAAGCACACCACCACGCAACACAAACCAAAAAAAAGGACAAUGUAUUAAAGCUCCGUCUACUGAGCCGAACCAGGCAGUUUUGUUACAUUUCUUUAUUGACUCCAUCUUCCUUUCAAUGUUUCCCCUGUUAUGACCACUCGAUGGGCUGAUUGUCUAGUGUUGGAAUGGCAUCUACUGUAUGUUGUGUUCUCUCCGGUGUUAGUGCUUGAUUGCUAAUGUGUAGAUUCUGAGCAUGUAUGUCUGGGUGUUUUUGUGUGUUUGGGUCAGUGGGUCAGGUGCUUGUGUGUAUGGGUGUGUGGGUAUGUGUUGAAGAAGCAGUGUGCUUUAAAAAAAUAUAUAUGUUAUUCUGCGGCAGAAUGUUCGGAGGGCCCCUGAUGGUGCCCAUUCUCGCCAAAGUUCAGACCUUGAUCUUAACUUCAAAAUGAAGAACAACAACAAAAUGUAACAUGAACUUCCUUCUUUUAGUGGAGAAUACCACGAGGACUGACAGGCUGUAAAUCGUGCAAAGGAGUGCUUUUCAAUUUCAACAUUUCCAUAUGGAUGUUACUUUUGAGACAGCGACGGGAGUACCCCUUGACUUAAAGCAUUAACCGUGUGUAUUUUUGGGCUGGACACGGUAUAAGAGAAACUACAAUAGGAAAAGUGACAUCAGUCAUUUGAUCAAAGCAAUAGAGGCAGUAUGUGUAAAAUAGAAUGGGUUAUUCUGAAGGUUUCUUUUUGCUGAUCGUUGAAAGUGAACAUGUAUACAAAUCAGCAUACUCCUGCGGAUGGACUACUGCAUGUAUGUGGCUGUCAGGUUGGAAAUACUACUUUGUCAGUAAACAAGAACAACAAAAAAAGAAAUUAAAAGUUGUCGUUAGUAACUGAACUGUGAGGUACCAGUGUGGCAAAUGUUGCAUAUCUGAGACUUUAUUGUCUACCAAAGCCCUUCAACUUACAAUCAGAAGAUGUGUCAAUUCCUCACAACAGCUUUAGAAUAUGCUGUAUUUUGGCUUCUUUCAAAGUGCGUUCUCGUGCUGUGCAUGAAAUUCCAGCCGUGUGCUUUUUUAAAAGGGAAUUUACCCACUGUUAAGGAGAUUGCAUUCAUGGUAAAUGCUGCAGCUCAAACGUAAAUUCGACACACGCCUAAACAAGUGCAAUGCAUUUGUUGUCAAUGCAUUUCGGGUUGAAUCCUGGCCUUAGUGUGUUGACUAUAUCAUUUCAUUCAGCAAAUUAUGACCCAAACACACCCAUUCCUUUUUUGUUUGUUUUUAUUUUCUAGCCCUUUUCCUCCCCAAUUUCGUAGUAUCCAAUUGGUAGUUACAGUCUUGUCUCAUUGCUGCAACUCCCGUACGGACUCGGGAGAGGCGAAGGUCGAGAGCUGUGCUUCC